AUGGUGGCUUAUGGAAACGAUGGGCACUUCUUCCUACUUGCUAGCAAAAAAAAUUCACUUAUGGAUACAUAUUUUGAGAACUCUGUUGAGAUCAGGAGUUGCGGAUCCGCUGGUGUUUGGGAGGGUCAGGAGAACAAGUGCGUGCCUCUUGUCCAGCGUCGUGUGCAGACCCAAUCGAUAUGUCCUGCCCUGAAACAGGCCCGCAAUGGUGUCAUCUCUCCUGCAAGCUGUACACAGGGUCCUUCCAGCUUUGGGGCCAUCUGCCACCUGCGGUGCAAUGCUGGCUUUGUGCCUACUGGACCUUUGCUGGCCUCCUGCAUGGCCCUGCAGGGCUGGUCCUUUGGAUCUGAUCUCAACUGUCAGCCGUUCGGCAGCAGCUUCUUCAACAAUCGACUGCCCUGGAUCCGAUCGCAGUCUCUGCAGAAUAUACCGCCCGUACAGCAGACAGCCACAAGAGCUCGGCCCUACAUCAAAUGUCCCGAGAAUGUGGUCAUCCUUCUGCAUCGCGGUGAGGUCAAGGCUCAUGUGACUCUGCAGAGGCCCGAGACAAAUCUGGACUACCGAAAUGUGGCUGUUUUUCCCGCCUGGGCCAAGCAGCUGGAGGCUCACCUUCCGGCUGGCGUCCACAAGAUUGGGUUCCGCGCUCAGGACCCACAGACGAGGCAGAGUGCCGCCUGUCAAACGAUCAUCACCAUCAAGGCGGCGCCAACGACAGAGUCCAAUUUAUUCACCUUUUCCUCCGCUCCAGUUCAGAGUCAUUCAGGGUUCUCCAGACCUGUUGCAUUUCCCACAUUUUCCUCCCGGUCUUCAGCCCCUGCCCCCGUACCGUUUCCCACAUUUCCCACACGGAGUACAGUCCGCCAACCAGCUCCAUUUCCAACAUUUUCCAGGCCCGCUCAAUUUGCCAGACUAUCUGCACUUCCUGAACCAUCGACCCCGUCUAGCCCCGCAUCCUUCCCAAGACUAGACUCUGUUCAAACGUCAAAGAAUCUCAUUGGUGUCGCUCCCGAGCGCAGUGAGAGCUUCAGGGUGGACCUGGGCUCAGAUACAUCCAACUAUUGCCCACCCUCGAUUGAGGUUCAUCUGAAGGAGAAUCAGAAUCUGCGUUCGGUUGUCUGGGAAGAGCCCCGCUUCGAAGGCAAAUUAUUGAAGAUCUUCAAGUCUCAUUUCCCGGGUGCUUUGUUUAGGCUGGGCGAUCAUGCCAUCAAAUACGAGGCAACCACCACUGACGGUGUGACCCUCAGCUGCAGUUUCCACAUUCAUGUCAAGGCUGCCAAGCCCACACCUGCACCUGCACAACCAGAGAUUGCCUAUCCCGAAUCCGAGUCCGAGUCCCUGUCCCUUAGUUCAGCGCCAGCACAACUAAGGGAGAAGCCUGCCGCCAGCGGCAGUCUGUUCGAUGGCCAUGAGUCCUAUGUGGUCUGUCCCGACAAAGAGCCCGUCCGAGUGACGGCCCACCAAUCCGUCAACCUGCCCGUGGGCUGUACUCUGAAGAACGUGCGCCCGCAAUCGAGUCCCCAGACGCAUCUGAAACGCGGCACCCUCACCUCGCUCUGGCAUAGGUACAAUGCGAAUUUCUAGAGCCCAGUACUUGGGGUAUAAGCUAUCUACUCGUUGAGCAAUUGAACGAGUAGAAUACUAUUGGAGGCGCCAUUUAUGCAAAUACUUUUUAUAUCUUUUUUUUUAAUGCCUAAUUUAAAUAAAUAAAUACUUUAAAUGUA